AAAUCUGCGUCCUUUCUCUCUCUCUCACUCUCUCUCUCUCUGUCUCUCUCCGUGCGCUCUCAAAGGAAGAAGGGAAGAAAAUGCAAAGAAUCCCUCUUCUCCUCGCAAUCUCUCUCAUCCUCUUCUCUUCUCUUCAAUCCCUCCCACUGUCUACUCCUUUGUACGCUUCUAAUCUCACAUCUGCGAUCGAAUAUCUUCCCUCCCCUCACUUUCUCUACCUCAAGGACGUUUUGAAGGCCAUUUCCACCCGGCAGGGCUGGAAUCUGGACGAAAUUAAGGUAUCGGACGUUGACAUUAGGAAAGCUAGGGUCGGUAGUUCGGAGCGGUACGAGUUCCAUCUUCGGAUUGGGAAGAGCGAUUUGGUUUUCAAAUUCUCGGAUGAGAUUUCUUUCUGGGAAAAAUUGAGAAUCGGUGGCGAAUUUGGGCCCCAUUUGAUCAGUGGAUCUGGUUUGAAGAAGCCCGUGAUCAAGGGUUUUGAAUUGGUAGGGCCGGUCGAGUUGCGGGUUGAAGGGGAGGAUGAGCUGUCACUGGCUUUGUCGUUGAACAUUACACACUCAGGUUUAAAACGGGUGCUUGUCAGUGAAGGCAUUACAGUAGAGGUAGAAGGCGCUCAAGAAGUUACCCUUGUUCACCCUUCAAACUUUGGGUUUCCUGUCAAUGGAAGCUUGGGGAUCAACAAGGCCAGAAGUCCGCUUUGGCCUUUCGGUAACUCAGCAUGCACCCCACUACUUACAAUACACAUUGUGGGAUCAGCGUCGCUGGUUGCAUAUAGGACUCGAAACCCCAGUAUUGCCAUUGAAACCAACUUCUUGUCACAGGAUAUGGUUGAAUUAUUGCCAGACAAGUGUUACGCUGGACAUUCCUUUAAGAACUCGACAUGCCCGAUUCAUUCUCUAAGUUCGAGACUUGCCCUUCUUGAAAGGCUCCUGAGGAGCUUUCUAGGCGACCGAAUCUUACAAAACCGGGCAUCAGGGUUUCUAAAAUCCAAAAUCAUGGCAUCAACAUUAGUUCGUUUCCAGUUGGAACUGGAAAGGGAUUUGGGCAAUAACAAUACGCUCUGGGAGACAUUGGCAUCUUGGAGAACAAGGCCAAAGGUGGAGCGGGUAUGGUUUGAGGUCGUGGCAAGGCUGGAAGGAGGGAGGCUGAAGCCUAUCAUGUUAAAGAAGGUGAUGCCUUUUGUCGAGGUGGACACCACAGCAUGGAGCAAUCUGAUGUCCAACGUUUCUUUUACUCAGUUCCCGUCAGUUGUUCUUCCUCCAGAAGCUCUAACAUUGGAUGUUAAGUGGUAGAGAAUGGUGUAGACCAUGUGUUGGAGGAUGAUUACAGCUCUAGUGAGAGAAAUGACAUACAGUCAACUCCUUUCACCUGUUUGUUUUGUUGUAUCAUUGGCCAUGGGGAGAAGAUGUUUAAAGAGAAAGAAGAACUCUUUCUUGUGGCCUUGUGUAGAAAACAUUCCUUCCAUUGGGGCAUGCAUUUGAGGUUGAUGUAAAUGCAAAGUUGUGUUCUCAGUGUUUUACUCUCA